CUUUCUCAGACACACCAAGUUUGAAUCUUCCGUCUUCAAAGAUUUUGUAAUUAAGACUUUUACUCUAUUACUAAUCUUCCAACUGCCCACACUACACAUAUCUAUGCCUACAUAUCUAUAUAAGUCUUCUUCAACCUAUGUUGGUCAUAUUCAAUUAUUCAUAUCCAUCGUUUCCUUUUCUCCACAUUGUUUAAAAUUUUAAUUGUUUGUAGCUCAUCUUUCUCUUGGUGCCAUUUGUUUGGUUCUUCUUCAUCUACGAAUCACUUAACAAAAGGAGGUUUCUAUAUUAAUAUUUUUUUGGAAGUAUCCUCUGGCUUUAUUGUGUCCAUGGGUCUUGAAGUUGGCUCCCUUAGCUUGAAAAUUAAAGACGGAGGCUUGACUUCAAGAACCAACAGUUUCAACAGAGAUAACACUACUCACCAGAACUCUCGUAAGAUUAAUCGGAAACCAACUAUGCAGCGGUCGUUGAGUUUCAACAGCUGGGAGGUUCCUGAAGAGACCAAGACUGAUUCAGAUGUUGAGGUCUUUGAGACAAAGAAGUCAACGCCUAGCACUUUGAAUGGAAGAAACUGUGAGAGAAUCCAAAUAAAGAAACCUACGAUUACUCCCCCUGAGCCUUUUGUGUUCUUCUCACCUAGACCAGUCACCGAGCUUGAUGCAGCUGCAACUACCGUACAAAAGGUAUACAAGAGUUACCGGACGAGAAGGAACUUAGCAGAUUGUGCUGUCCUUGUAGAGGAGCUCUGGCAGAAGAGUUUGGAUGCUGCAGCUCAGAAAUUGAGCUCAAAUACUGAGGAAACAAACAAUGAUUCAGGUUUUAAGGUUCUUGAGACAAAGAAGUCAACUCAUAACACUUUGAAUGGGAGAAACUGUGAGCGAAUCCAAAUAAAGAAACCCACAGUAACUCCACCUGAGCCUUUUGUGUUCUUCUCUCCUAGACCAGUCACCGAGCUGGAUGCAGCGGCAACUACGCUACAAAAGGUGUACAAGAGUUACCGGACAAGAAGGAACUUAGCAGAUUGUGCUGUCGUCGUUGAGGAGCUCUGGUGGAAGACUCUUGAUGCUGCAACUCUGGACCUGAGCUCUGUGUCUUUCUUUGAAAAAGAGAAACACGAGCCUGCUGCUUCAAAAUGGGUGCGAGCUAGAACACGAGCCGCUAAGGUUGGGAAAGGCUUGUCAAAAGAUGAAAAGGCUCAGAAAUUAGCUCUUCAACAUUGGCUUGAAGCGAUUGACCCACGUCAUCGUUAUGGCCACAACUUGCACUUCUAUUAUGAUGUCUGGUCAGAGAGCAAGAGCUCACAACCAUUCUUUUACUGGUUGGAUAUAGGAGACGGCAAAGAUGUAAAUCUUGAGAAACACCCAAGAAGUGUUCUGCAAAAACAAUGCAUCAGUUAUCUUGGACCAAUGGAGAGAGAAGCAUAUGAAGUGAUAGUGGAAGAUGGGAGACUAAUGUACAAACAAAGCAUGGAUCUGAUCAACUCAACUGAUGAAUCAAAGUCCAUCUUUGUACUUAGCACGACUAGAACCUUAUACGUAGGGAAGAAGAAGAAAGGCGUUUUCCAGCACUCUAGUUUCUUAUCUGGAGGAGCCACAACCGCUGCAGGGAGAUUGGUGGCCCGUGAUGGGAUCCUUGAGGCUAUAUGGCCAUAUAGUGGACACUAUCUCCCAACAGAAGAAAACUUCAAGGAGUUCAUAAGUUUCUUGGAGGAGCACAAUGUUGAUCUCACCAAUGUUAAGAGAUGUGCUGUGAAUGAAGAAUACUCGUCGUCAUUCAAAUCCACAGCUGAAGAAGAAGAAGAACCAAAAGAAGUAUCAGAAGAAGUUGAGUUGCCUUCAGAGCAAGAAGAGAGAGCGAGACCAGUGUUUGAUCCUGCGAAGAGACUUUCUUGUAAAUGGUCAAGUGGAUACGGUCCAAGAAUUGGGUGUGUUAGAGAUUAUCCAGUGGAGCUACAGGCACAAGCAUUGGAGCAAGUCAAUCUCUCACCUCGUGUCUCACCAGCCUAUUCGUAUGGACCAAUCCCAUCUCCAAGACCGAGUCCUAGAGUGAGGGUUUCUCCACGGUUAGCUUACAUGGGGAUCCCAAGCCCUAGAGGUGUUAAAUGCUAAAACUUACACUUGUUUAAUGUAACUUGUUCUCCAAGAAAGAAUAGGUUAGAAGAGGAGAAGCUAACCUCCAUCUUUCUUUGUUCUUUUAUAUCUUUUGUAUAUUUCAUGGAUUGCAAGAUUUUUUGUUGUUUCGAGUAGUUCUUUGUAUGA